AUGACGCUGUUCAGCAGGAAGAGGCCUCGAUCUUCCGACGCUGCGCAGCGCGUCUCACAAGAACCAUUCACUACCGACAAACCCUCGAAGCAUCACAUGCUACCUACACACUAUAACAAUGGACGUCUUGUCACCAAGGGCAUUCAACAAGAAGGGGAGAGUGGCCGGAGUGGUUUCAACCCGGUUCACUUCUGCAAAGUAGCGUGGAGGAGUAGCUGCCGGGCCUCGAUGUUCCUCAAUGUUCUCUGGCCGUUCGUCCCGGCGGGAAUCGCCCUGUACUACAGUCGACGUGAAUCGACCCUCUUGGUCUUUGCCAUCAACUAUGUUGCCAUGAUCCCUGCGGCCAAUCUGCUUGGAUUUGCUGGGCAGGAUUUGGCGCGGAAGCUGCCCCGAGUGCUUGGGAUUCUGCUGGAGACCACCUUAAGCGCGGUGGUGGAGAUUGUCCUGUUCGUUGUACUGAUUGUGAAAGACCAUAGAGAUGGUCAUAACGUGGCCGUCAUCAAAGCUGCCAUCUUGGGAUCCAUCCUCACCAACCUCCUGCUCUGCCUGGGCUGCUGCUUUUUCCUGGGAGGAAUCAAACGUCAUGAACAGGUCUUCCACGAAGCAGUGAGCGAGGUCGGGUCCAACCUGUUACUGGUCGCCGGCUUUGCUCUCCUCAUUCCAAGCGCAUUCUAUUCUGCAUUACAUUCCUCCGCUUUCGGGCCUGGCGAUGAGGUGCCAACAGGUGAAGAUGGUAGGCCGCAAGAGGUCUUCACCCUUACCCGCUUGAACCACGAUAUCUUGGCUAUUAGCAGGGGGACAGCUAUUGUGCUGAUUGUUGCUUUCAUCUUAUUUAUCUGGUACAAUGCCAAAAGCCACGACACGAUUUUCGACGAUGUCCUUGCAGCGGAUCAGGAGAAAGACGUUGACCGCGAACACGAUCUGAGCAAAGCCAAGUUCACCUUGACCGAAUGCAUCAUGGCUCUCGCUGUCUCGUUGGCUUUGGUGUCGAUCAUCGCUGUCAUCCUCGUGAAUGAGAUCCACCCUAUGGUAGUAGAGUACAGGAUUCCCGACAACUUCAUGGGUCUGAUUCUGGUUCCUCUGGUCGAGAAGUUUGCAGAACAUAUCACUGCCAUCGAUGAGGCUUGGGAUAACCAGAUGAACUUCGCUUUGUUCCACUGCCUCGGACCCUCUAUCCAGACAGCUCUUUUCAACGCGCCUCUUGUUGUCCUGGUUGGCUGGGGUCUUCACAACCAUUUCAUGGACUUGAAUUUCGAAAUCUUCCAAAUCGUCUUGCUUGUUCUUUCCAUCAUGGUCGUCGGCAACUUCCUGAGGGACAAAAAAUCAAACUACCUCGAAGGUGGUCUCCUGGUACUUAUCUACGUUAUCGUGGCUCUUAGCGCUUGGUACUAUCCCAAUCCCUCGCUUACGACGUCCAACAGUGGCGCUACAGGCAUAGAUAGCCACUAG